AGUUCGAUACAAUCAAUCUGUAUAAAAUACCUGUAAGUGGUAAUGAACACUUGGUACAGGUAUUUAAUAAAAUAUAAGAUCAGAUCCAAAAUAUACCAAUUGAACUAUGGGCGUAUUUUCAAGAAAUUUUCAUUAAAAGUCACGUUUCUAUGUUUAUUUUUCUUUUCUUCUAUUACGUUUAUAUAUCUUCACGAACAAGUGAAAUAUAUCGAUAAUUUUUACGACAGAUUUGUUUUUGUUGAAGACAAUGUAAUAAACAGUAGAACUUUUUACAAUGGACACGUAAUCAAUAAGACGAAAUUAAAAUACAUACUCAUAUGGAAACCGAGUUUCUAUACGCCAUUCUACAGUCUUGAUGGUCAACAAAGAUUUAUAGAUAACAAAUGCCAGUACCAAAACUGUUUUGUGACGGGGGACAAGGACUAUUUGCCUGAUAUUACUGAUUUUGAUGCUAUAAUCUUCAAUGUACGUCAUAUGCAAAGCUUUCAGCAUAAUGAUGUACCAGUAAAAAGGUCGCCGAAGCAAAUAUAUAUAUUCUAUGCGAUGAAGUCAGCUGAAUAUUUUACUGUAUGUGACAAAGAAUAUGAUGGUUUUUUCAACUGGACUGUGACUUACAGACUGGAUUCUGAUGUACCCGUCACAUACUUUGAGGUAUUAGACAAAGCAGGAGAAGUAAUAGCCCCAAAAUUAAAUGUCAAAUGGAACAAUGCUUCUGGAGAAAUCACAAGAUUUUUGGCCAAAAGGUUAAGUGGCAAAUUCAAAGCCGUGGCUUGGUUUGUGUCGAACUGCUACGCGAAGAGUGAGAGAAUGGCUAUGGCAAAUAUUUUGAAAGAGUCCAUGAUUUCUACCACCCGGUUCCUACAUUGACGCAAUGAAGUUCCCUUAUGAUCAAUUAGCAUCCAAACUUAACGAAAUAAUUAGAUCUCCUAAACAUUAUUGGGAUUAUUUUAAAUGGAAAACGCAAUACGUUGUCCGUAGUGCGGACGCAAGUAAUAUUUGUUCCUUAUGUGCCGCCUUAAAUAAUGAAAGUAUGUAUAAGAAUAAAGUGUACAAAUAUUUAAGAAUGUGGUGGCACCCAUAUUACGAAGACCGUUGUACGAUUAUACCAAAUAAUUUUAGUGAUUACGCUGAUGGUUUCAAGAAAUUACCUCCAGAAUAUCAUACACAAGC